UUCUGUUUGCGGUCACAGUUUCCAGUCGGACUCUUUAAGGGACGGCACGCAAACAGCCACGUAGUAAAAGGCUAGGAGCAGCUUUGGGCCGUUUGCCAGUUCCUGCAAUUGGGAAAGCAGUCCCCAUGCUGCCAUGCAUUGUGUUUCAAGAACACCUUUCCAAUGAGGAUCCAGCAGUAUCGUCUUAGUUGGUUGCAGUACAGAAAUGGACGUUAGGAAUUGAUACACCGUUUAAAUGGAGGUGAAGGUCGAUCAAUCCACAGAGGCUGUAGUCUGCACGCUGGAGAGUGAAAAGCAACAAGGGCUUGACGGCAAUCAAAAUGCAAACAAGGGGAUUCACAAUGGUCCCGUCAGCUCUGAUGUGAGGCCAAAUGGAGAUGAACUGUCAGUGGGCAUCGGGGCUACCAAGGGCUCCCAUGUUAAUGGGUCGGUGCCUCCGACAGCACUUCCGCAGCGCACAGGCUCCCCAGUCGACUCCCAAGCGCAAGAGGCCACCGCAGGUGUGACUGCUUAUCCAGCCAUGGUGCUUGAACCUGAGCAGGCUGCUGCUGAGGUCACAGGUCACACGAGUGAUGCAUUGCAGUCACUCAGACUCAGUAUGCCUUUGCAGGAGACUGAAUUGUCCAAUCAGAAGCCUUCGUUGGAGAUGGAAAAUGAGGAGAGGAUUCGUCUGGAGGCUCGCAGACGCCUGGAAGAGCAACUUAAACAGUACAGAGUACAAAGACACAAGGAGAGAUCUCAUCGCAGCACUCCAAGAAGCAGACAAUUCAGUACUCUGGAUCCAGAGCUCAUGCUGCAUCCUGAAGGUCUUCCCAGGGCUAAUACAGUCGCUAUGACCAAGGAGUAUUCUUUUCUGAGGACCAGUGUCCCUCGUGGUCCCAAACUGGGGAGUUUGGGAAUUCCUAUCUCCAAGGAGAAGAAAUCCAGAGCCUCCCGCACAAACAAGAUCCACUCCUUGGCUGACUACAAGUCUUCAGAGAAUGACGUCGAGGGCGGAGGUGGAGUAAAUACUGCAGACAACAGCGUGAGCUCCGUCCAGUCCACUAUCAACUCUGUAUCCACCCUUUCUGAGGUCAAUGUAAUGUCAGAAACCAGCACAUUGGAGGUAAAAGGACAGGCCAGUGUUUCUCUCCAGGCCGAGGACAAUGUGUCUGAGAUUGAUGGAAGUGAAUUAGGAGCGAGGCCAGGGAAUGAUGGCAAUGACAGCGACAGUUCGUCCUACAGCAGUGUGUCUACUAGGGGAACCUAUGCAACACUCUCUGCUGCUAUGGACAGACAUCAGGGGCCCUACACCGUGGAGGGACGGGAGAUUGCACCAGAGGCCAUGGGUCAAUUUCCCUCCCUGCAAGAAGUAUUGCAGGCAGCUAGUGAUGAGCAGCACCUUCUGGAGUUGGAACAAGAAGGUUCUGCAGAACAACGCAGCCGCAGAGACAGCUUUUCCAGCAGUGUGUCUUUGGAGAGUUCUGUGAUGGGGCAUGAUGAAAUGCUUCAGGUGUUAAAAGAAAAAAUGAGACUGGAGGGUCAACUGGAAUAUUUGUCAUCUGAAGCUAACCAGACUCUCAAGGAGAAGACGGAGCUCCAGGCCCAACUGGCUACAGUGAAUGCUCAAUUGCAUGCUCAGAAGACGGAGGCUCACGUUAGCCAGGAAAAGCAGAAUGUCCUUAAUACGGAAGUGGGCACACUGCGGCAGAACUGCAGCCAGCUAGAGAAGGCAAUGGUGGAGCUCCAGGGCAAUUUGGAGAACAAAAAUGCUGGUCUGGCAUCCUUGAGCAAUGACCUGAAGGUAGCUGAAGACCAGUACAACAGGCUGAUGGGGAAGGUGGAGGAAAUGCAAACCGCUCUCAUAUCAAGGGACAGUACAGUGCAGGAUAUGCGACUGCAGAUGGGUGGCCUUCAGAACCAGCUUCAACAGGUCCAGCUGGAGCGCAGCACGCUUCAGAGCCGUCUGAAAACCUCCCAGGCAGAGAUCGACUCACUCCAGCAGGUCAGGCAGUGGUACCAGCAGCAGCUCGGCCUGGCUCAGGAAGCUCGAGUGCGAUUGCAAAGUGAAAUGGCAAACAUGCAGGCAGGAAAAAUGACCCAGAAUGGUGUUCUUGAGCAUCUGAAGCUAGAGAAUGUGACUCUGUCCCACCAACUCUCUGAGACCCAACACCGCUCUAUCAAAGAAAAAGAGCGUAUUGCUGUUCAUCUGCAAAGCAUUGAGGCAGACAUGAUGACCCAGGAAGCCGCUUAUAAGCAGAUCCAGGAUGCGAAGAUCAUGGUAGAAGAUGACCUGCAGCACAAACUGGAAGACUUUGAGGAAGAACGAGAGCGCUUAAUAAAACUGGCCAACACAGCCAGCCACUUGGAAAUGGAACUGGAGCAGAUGAAGUUGAACCUUUCUCAGAAGGACGUGCAGCUGCACUCCCUGCAGAAAGAACAUCUGGAGCUGAUGCGCCAGCUGACUACCACUCAGGAGAACUUGCAUACCAAAGAACAGUCAAUCAACCAGCUCGAGGCCCGGUACCUAGAGCUGGAAGGCCAGCUGGCCGAGCUGCAAGCAGAAAGCAAUAUCAAGGAUGACAACAUCCAGUACCUACAGAAUGAGAAGAUUGUUCUAGAGGUAGCACUACAAGCAGCCAGAGCCGACAAGAGCCAACUUGAUGACAGUGCUGAAAGACUAGGAGAGGAAGUUCUGGUGGCCUCGGAUGUCUUGGAUCAGCUCAAACAGGAAAUCCAGGUCAAAGCCAAUCAGAUUGAAACGCUAAGGCAGGAGAAUAGUUCUCUGAAGAAACACGCUCACAAAUUGAAGGAACAGUUCACACAACAAAAGGUGAUGGUGGAAGCCUACCGUCGAGAUGCCAGCUCCAAAGAACAAUUAAUCACUGAGCUCAAGUCUACUAAAAAGCGUCUUCUGGCUGAAGUGCAGGACCUAAAACAGGCAGCGCUGGAUGUUCAGGGGGAGAAGCAGACCGCCGAGCUGGAGCACGCCCGGCUGCAGAAAGAGGUGCUCAGAGUCCACGACAAUAUGAAUAACAUGGAACUGCAUUUGCAAGACGUUCAGCGCGAACGAGACCAGCUUGAAACGCAGAUCCAGUCUUUACAGUUUGAUCAGCGUCAGCUUGUGGCCGUGACAGAAGAGAAUGAUGUUCUGAGAAAACAUGUGGAGAAAAUGGAAGCAGAAGCCAAAAAAGCCAUCUCAGAACAGAAAGUGCGUAUGAAGCGGCUGGGGACAGAUUUGACCAGUGCUCAGAAGGAGGUGAAGGCCAAACACAAGGCCUAUGAGAAUGCUGUGGGAAUACUGAGUCGGAGACUCCAAGAGGCCCUGACUGACAAGGAGAUUACCGAGGCUGAGCUGGUCAAGCUCAAAGCCCAGGUGUCCGAUGAAGGAAACAACCAGGUCCUCCAGGAGAAGAUUGCAGCUCUUCAGGCUGAGCUGCGUGCUGUGACUAACAGCAAGGCAAUGUUAGAAAAGGAACUCCAGGAAGUCAUUACCCUUACAUCCACAGAGUUAGAGGAGUAUCAGGAGAAGGUCCUGGAGCUGGAAGACGAACUUCAAGAGUCACGAUGCUUCAAGAAGCGCAUCCGAAAACUAGAAGAUGCCAACAAGAAGCUCGCACUUGAGUUGGAACAUGAAAAGGGAAAAUUGGCUGGACUGACACAGUCCCACACUGCACUGCGGGAGCAUGCCAAUAUUCUAGAAUUUGCUCUAGCGAAGCGAGAGGCUGAUCUUGUACAGCUAAACUUGCAGGUUCAAGCUGUUCUUAAACGCAAAGAGGAGGAGGAUCAACAAAUGAAACAGGUUGUGCAAACUCUACAGUUUGCCUUGGAAAAAGAGAAAACCAAAGUCAAAGAUCUUAAAGAACAGGUAUCGGCAGCAAAAGCUGAAGCAGCCCACAAUAGGAGACACUACAGAGCUGCCAUGUUGGAGCUGUCAGAGAUCAAGAAAGACCUGCUGGCCAAAGAGGACUUGGUCAAAGCUCUGCAACAAGAAGCUCAAAAACUACAAUCUCAGGACGAGAAGCACGCUCAGGAGAUCUCCAGUUUCCAAGAAGAGCUGACCGAGGCCCAUUCCCAGCUGCAGAUCCUUCAGAAACAACUGGACGAAGAGAUGUCAAGGCAGCCCCUCACUAAUCAAGAAGUUGAAGACCUGAAGUGGGAGGUGGAACAAAGGCAGAGGGAGAUUGAGGCUCAGAAGCAGCAGUUGGAGAUGAUGGAGCAGUGCCACCACAGAGAGCUCGACAGCCUGCAGACGGCUUUGCAGAGCAUCAAGGUUGAGUUGGAGACGGUCCAGGAGGAGCUGAGUGGCACACAGAAGGACAAGUUUAUGCUGCAAGCAAAAGUAGGUGAGCUGAGGAACAGCAUGAAGACUGUCCUGCUACAGAACCAGCAACUCAAGCAGGACCUCAAACAGAACCGCCUGAGGAAGCAACGGAUGGAAGUGAAAAGUGAGGGCAACCCAUCCAGUCCUGUGACGCCGGUCAAGAUCCCUGACUGCCCAGUGCCUGCCUCGCUGCUCGACGAGCUGCUGAAACCUUCCACUUCGGUCAACAAGGAGCCCCUCAAUAACUUGCACAACUGUUUACGGCUGCUUAAGGAGGAGAUGGACAGCCUCCAAAAGCAGAUGGAGGAGCACACGGUCACGGUGCACGAGUCCAUGAGCUCAUGGCCAAAUACGGACGAAGGACUGGCUCAACCGGGGCUUCAAAGCGACGACUCUGACGCAUCACGGCCAUCAAACGACACGACGGUAGAAAAUAAUAAAGUGGAACGGCAGCAGUGAUGAGAGCGAGGCUUUUCUCAGGCUAUGAUGACAAGUGGAGUUUUAUCCACAAAGCCAUGUUUAGCCCUUUGGUCCAUUAUCUCCUUUGUUAACAAUUUCUGCCAACAUUUGGCAUUCUCAUUUAUUUUAGAGUAAAUCUUUAUAUCAUAGCUUUAUUCCCCCCCCCUAUUAUUUGACGGUUGUUUAUAUUUGUUGUCCCAAUUAUUUAUUUAUUAGGAGUUAAGGAAUUACAACAACGAUUAGCGCCAAGAGGAACCUUGAUGACAUACAGCAAUGGUAUGGUGUCACUUUAAAUUCUUAUCAUUAUUUGGAAUCCGUGUCAUUGUUUGACUGACAAUGUUGAAGGAGAUGUAAGUAAACAAAUGUUCUUCCAUUUAUUUCUGCCUGUACAUGGCAGAUGCCAUUACUCUAGACCAGUGGUUCUUAACCUGGGUUCGAUGCAACCCUAGGGGUUCGGUGAGUCGGCCUCAGGGGUUCGGCGGAGGUCGAGACACACCCGACUCAUCGUGUAAAUACAAACUUCUCCCUAUCGGCGUAUUACGGAUACGGCAACAGCUGACUGAUUUGCAGGGGUGUAAUUUGUUGUGAGUUUAUGCACUGUGUUGGUUUUGUUGUUUGAACAAGGUGAUGUUCAUGCACGCUUCAUUUUGUGCGCCAGUAAAAAAACGUGGUAACACUUUAGUAUGGGGAACAUAUUCACCAUUAAUUAGUUGCUUAUUAACAUGCAAAUUAGUAACAUAUUGGCUCUUAACUAGUCAUUAUUAAGUACUUAUUAAUGCCUUAUUCGGCAUGGCCUUAUUAUAACCCUAACUCUCUAAACCUGACCCUAACCCUAACCAAAUAACUCUAAAUUAAGUCUUUGUUACUUAGAAUAUGUUCCCCUAGUGUCCAAAUAACUCUAAAUUAAGUCUUUGUUACUUAGAAUAUGUUCCCCUAGUGUCCAAAUAACUCUUAAUUUAGUCUUUGUUACUUACAAUAUGUUCCCCGAGUGUCCUAAUAACUCUAAAUUAAGUCUUUGUUACUUAGAAUAUGUUCCCCGAGUGUCCAAAUAACUCUAAAUUAAGUCUUUAUUACUUAGAAUAUGUUCCCCUAGUGUCCAAAUAACUCUAAAUUAAGUUUUUGUUACUUAGAAUAUGUUCCCCUAGUGUCCAAAUAACUCUAAAUUAAGUUUUUGUUACUUAGAAUAUGUUCCCCGAGUGUCCAAAUAACUAAAUUAAGUCUUUGUUACUUAGAAUAUGUUCCCAGAGUGUCCAAAUAACUCUAAAUUAAGUCUUUAUUACUUAGAAUAUGUUCCCUGAGUGUCCAAAUAACUCUAAAUUAAGUCUUUAUUACUUAGAAUAUGUUCCCCUAGUGUCCAAAUAACUCUAAAUUAAGUCUUUAUUACUUAGAAUAUGUUCCCAGAGUGUCCAAAUAACUCUAAAUUAAGUCUUUAUUACUUAGAAUAUGUUCCCAGAGUGUCCAAAUAACUCUAAAUUAAGUCUUUAUUACUUAGAAUAUGUUCCCCUAGUGUCCAAAUAACUCUAAAUUAAGUCUUUAUUACUUAGAAUAUGUUCCCUGAGUGUCCAAAUAACUCUAAAUUAAGUCUUUAUUACUUAGAAUAUGUUCCCAGAGUGUCCAAAUAACUCUAAAUUAAGUCUUUAUUACUUAGAUUAUGUUCCCUGAGUGUCCAAAUAACUCUAAAUUAAGUCUUUAUUACUUAGAAUAUGUUCCCAGAGUGUCCAAAUAACUCUAAAUUAAGUCUUUAUUACUUAGAAUAUGUUCCCCCACUGUCCAAAAAACUCUAAAUUAAGUAUUUGUUACUUAGAAUAUGUUCCCCAUACUAAAGUGUUACCAAAAACAUAUAACUUUGUCUUGAAUUUGAAAAAAAACCCAUCUGAUUUUUAACUAAAGAAGGGUUCGGUGAAUGUGCAUAUGAAACUGGUGGGGUUCGGUACCUCCAACAAGGUUAAGAACCACUGGUCUAGGAUUUAACUAACAUGUAAGCAGCUGGUGACAGGACAUUAGUGCACGUUAACCAUUUUUGUUGCCUUUUUUUUAAUAUAAAACACAGGUUUAUUGUAACCAUGCAACAAGAGGUUUUCCAACUCUGGCUCAGUUUAUGUAUUGGGUUUAUUUUCUUGUCUAGCAUGGACUGCAGGUAUUUGUUGGUGGGGGAAAGCCUUAAGCAACUUUUAUCAUACUGUACGGGUAUCCGGUUGAAUGAGCGUACCAAUUUGUGCAAGAUGUAAAAAUAUAUAUGCAUGAGUGGGCCAUAAGAACUGACAGCUCCCCAGUUGAGCAACACAACGAAAGCGCAAAUAACCUGAUGCAAAAUUGUUACUACUACUUACAAACAUCCAUUUUCAUUUAAGUGUGGUUUAUGGUGAUGAAAAAUGACUACCGUAUUUUUCGGAGUAUAAGUCGCACCGGCCGAAAAUGCACAAUAAAGAAGGAAAAAAAACAUAUAUAAGUCGCACUGGAGUACAAGUCAAAUUUUUUGGGGGGAAAUGUAUUUGAUAAAAGCCAACACCAAGAAUAGACAUUUGAAAGGCAAUUUAAAAUGUCUAAAGAAUAGUGAACAACAGGCUGAAUAAGUGUACGUUAUAUGAGGCAUAAAUAACCAACUGGUAUGUUAACGUAACAUAUUAUGGUAAGAGUCAUUCAAAUAACUAUAACAUAUAGAACAUGCUAUACGUUUACCAAACAAUCUGUCACUCCUAAUCGCUAAAUCCCAUGAAAUCUUAUACGUCUAGUCUCUUACGUGAAUAAUAUCAAUGAUAUUAUUUGAUAUUUUACACUAAUGUGUUAAUCAUUUCACACAUAAGUCGCUCCUGAGUAUAAGUCGCACCCCCGGCCAAACUGUGAAAAAAAACUGCGACUUAUAGCCCGAAAAAUACGGUACUUCUGUAACCAAAUUCUAAAUGUGUUCUCUAGUUUAAUUACAGCUACUGGGAUAAGUUGAUCAUUUCCAGAGGUUAAUAUAUAUAUAUAUAUACAUUUUCUUGUAUCAGUAAAUGAAUCAUUAAUGGUGUAAAGAGCUGUCAAAUGUAUUGUUAUUUCUGACACAGUUGUUACAGAGCGUGUACACCCUAUAACAGCUUUGCACAGCUCUUGCCUAAUAUUAAAGGGAAUUUUAAAAACCUGUACAACAUCAACUAUGCUCAUCUGCGUUCCGAAGUGGAAACUUUGCAUUGCCAUGUUUCCUUUUUCUUUUUCUUUCUUAUGAUUAAAAUUGACUGAUGUUAAAAUAUC